GAUGAUGAUGAUGAUGAUGAUGAUGAGGAUGAAGAAGAAGAUGAGCUGCUUGGAGAUUUAGACAUUGGCGAUGAUGAGGAUGAAGAAGACGCAGACAAGUUUGCAAGAUAUGAAGACUUCUACGGAGGAAAAAAGGAAAAACCUUCUAAACGAAAACCAAAAUUGGUUGAUGGAUCAAAAGAUUUGGGCAUAAACAAUGAGGAUGAGGAUGAGGAUGAGGAUGAGGAUGAAGAUGAAGAUGAAGAUGAUGAAGAAGAAGUUGAAGAAGAUGAUGAUGAAGAUGAACAAAAAGAUGAGAAGAAGCAGACAACUCUUUCUACCCAUGAAACGAAGCUUCAGAAACUUCGUUCUGAAAUAGACCAGAUGGAAAAAGCAAAUUUGGAGCCAAAAAAUUGGACCAUGCGAGGAGAGGUAACUGCAGAGAGAAGGCCAAAGAACAGUGCGCUAGAAGUUGAUCUAGAUUUUGAACACAAUGUUAGACCUCCCCCUGUAAUCACAGAGGAGGUUACAGCAUCGAUUGAGGAUAUCAUCCAGAAAAGAAUCGAGCAGGGGCGUUUUGAUGAUGUUCAAAAGGCUCCGACUUUACAUUCUAAAGCACCAAGAGAAAUUAAAGAGUUGGACGAGAAUAAGAGCAAGAAGGGUCUAGCUGAAGUCUAUGAGGACGAGUACGUUCAAAAGACGAAUGCGGCUUCUGGUCCAUUGUCAUUCACAGACAAACAGAAGGAAGAGGCAAGCAAGCUGUUCAAGAAACUUUGCUUGAAGUUGGAUGCUCUUUCUCAUUUCCACUUCACUCCAAAACCUGUUAUCGAGGAUAUGACUGUACAAGCUAAUAUCCCCGCUCUAGCGAUGGAAGAGAUUGCACCUGUGGCUGUCUCUGAUGCAGCAAUGCUAGCGCCUGAGGAAGUGUUUUCAGGCAAAGGUGAUAUUAAAGAAGAAGCAGAACUUACACAGGCAGAGAGAAAGAGGAGGAGAGCUAACAAGAAAAGGAAAUAUAAAGCUAGGGAAGCAAAAAGGACGACGAAAAAGCCACGAGACAGCUAAAAGGAUGGCAAAGAAGCCAUGGCACAGCAAGGGAAGGAAGGAUAAUUAGAUGGUGCAUAAGUUUAACUUAAGCCAUGGUUGCAACUGGUUGACAGAUUAGAGAAGAGGAAAAGAAGAAGAGGCUAAGGUGGGAGAGUUCAUCUUGAAGAUCUCAUUUGCUCAAUUUCUUCUCCUCACCAUUCUGAGUUUUGAUGGAAGAGUGAAGAAAAAACCCUGUACAAGGCAUAUGAAAAUUAUGAACAAAACACUUGAAAGGGAAAUUCUUACGUCCUUAAUUUGUUUGUUUUUUGAAAUUUUUAUUUACUGUUACUCAAAAUUCGGAGAUAAAAAUUUGUAUUAGACAGUAUGAUCAUAUUAGAUCGUAUAAAUCAAGGAGUUAUUAUUUACCGAAAUCAA